GAUGCUCAACAGCACGAACAAGAUUCCUUUUUGUCUGCUUCAACCUCCAGGGCUACCCAGUGGUUGCUUGCAGACUGGUGAUAGAGGGGGAAAGAGACCAGACUCAACUCAACUCCAUUCUCACACAUGAAGCUACUCUCGCUUCUCUCAGCUAUUCUCGUCCUUCUUCUCUCUGUAGUCUCUCUUCAUUUUCUCCAUUCAAACUAGCUAGACGAAGCGUGGUGCAGUUCUGAAGUUGGGUGUUUUGCAGAUUGGUCGAAUCUGAGAUGGUCGCUGUCGUUGCAAUCGUCUCCGGUUGCGGAUUUGGUGGUGAGGAAUGCCUUGAUAUACACGAGCGAUGCUUCCCUCCCGUUCGCUGAUUCCAUGGCGGUUAGCAAUGGGCGGAUUCUACGAGUCGGCAACUACUCCUCUGUUGUUCAGCAGGAUUUGCCAGGAUAUGGGACAAAAGAGUUGAAUCUUGAGGGGAAAAUUGUUGUUCCUGGAUUUAUUGAUUCCCAUGUGCACUUCAUUAAUGGUGGAUUGCAGAUGGCACAGGUGGAACUACGAGGUAUAAAUAACAGAGAUGAGUUUGUAAGAAGGGUUCAAGAAGCAGUAAAAAAUAAGAAACAAGGUUCCUGGGUGUUGGGUGGUGGAUGGAACAAUGAUCUUUGGGGAGGAGAACUGCCGGUAGCCUCUUGGAUUGAUGAUAUUACACCAUACAAUCCUGUUUGGUUGUCAAGGACGGAUGGUCAUAUGGGCUUGGCUAAUUCAAUGGCUCUAAAGUUAGCUGGAAUAACAAAAUACACAGAGGAUCCAAUUGGUGGGACCAUCAUGAAAACCACCAGUGGAGAACCCAACGGAUUGCUUAUUGAUUCUGCAAUGAAGCUUCUUCUUCCCUGGAUUCCAGAGGUCUCAGUUGAUGAAAGGAGGGAAGCUUUGGUUAGAGCCAGUAAUCUUGCUCUGAUGAGAGGUGUUACAACAGUUGUUGAUUUUGGGAGAUAUGUUCCUGGUACAUCAGUACAGCUGUCUUGGGAUGAUUUUUCAGAUGUGUACCAUUGGACUGAUACUUCAGGGAAAAUGAUGAUCAGAGUCUGCUUAUUUUUUCCAAUGGAAACGUGGUCGCACCUACUUGACCUUAUCAGCAAGACAGGUCGUGUCGUAAGCCAAUGGAUUUAUUUGGGCGGUGUUAAGGGUUUUGCUGAUGGGUCUUUGGGAUCUAAUAGUGCACUCUUCUAUGAGCCUUAUGUUGAUGAUCCUCACAACUAUGGCCUACUAGUGACAGAACUUGAGAGUCUAUUCAACAUGACUAUGGCAUCGGAUAAAUCUGGUCUUCAGGUUGCUAUUCAUGCUAUAGGUGAUAAAGCAAAUGACUUGAUCCUGGAUGUGUAUGAAUCAGUAGGUUCUACGAAUGGAAUGAGGGAUCGACGAUUCAGGAUUGAACAUGCCCAGCAUUUGGUACCAGGGUCCACAGCUCGAUUUGGUGAACAAGGGAUUGUUGCUUCAGUGCAGCCAGACCACCUACUGGAUGAUGCUGAUUCUGCGAUAAAGAAACUAGGGGUGGAAAGGGCACAAAAAGAAUCUUAUCUAUUUCGGUCGCUCUUGGCUAGCAAUGCACAAUUAGCGUUUGGUUCUGAUUGGCCUGUUGCAGAUAUUAAUCCUUUAGGUAGCAUCAAGGCAGCAAUGAAAAGAAUACCUCCUGGUUGGGAAAGUGCUUGGAUUUCAUCAGAGUGCCUUACACUGCAUGAUGCUCUAAAUGCGUACACAAUCUCAGCGGCCCGUGCAUCCUUCUUGGACAAUGAUCUGGGAUCUCUAUCUCCUGGAAAAAUGGCUGAUUUUGUUGUACUCUCCACUGACUCAUGGGAUGACUUCGCAGCAGAAGGAUCCGCAUCUGUUGAGGCAACCUUUGUUGGUGGUCUACAAGCCUACCCCUGAAAGCCCAUUACUGCUGAGAAUUGAAAAAAGAUCCUCCAUUUUCUAAUCAUACCAAAUACAACCCCAAGUAUUUGUAUAUGAUACUUCUCCUGUAGGUGGCACUGCUGGUUGAACUACCCGAAGAUAAGUUUAUUUAUUUCUCAGGUACAUAUUUAAUUAAUCAUUAAUCGGCUUCAAUUACUAUA